CCUGCAAGUCCGCGAGCCAGAGAGCAGCGGCUGCGGCCUCCCCUGCGUCCGGCCACCAGGCGGGCCCGCUGACCCCGGGGCCUGCGCCCCCCGCGCAGGUAUGCAUCAUGGCCACGCUGGCUUGUCGGGUGCAGUUCUUGGACGACACCGAUCCUUUCAACAGCACCAACUUCCCGGAGCCCAGCCGGCCGCCGCUGUUCACGUUCCGCGAGGACCUCGCACUCGGUACCCAGCUGGCUGGGGUCCAUCGGCUGCUGCGGGCGCCGCACAAGUUGGAUGACUGUACACUGCAGCUGUCCCAUAAUGGCACCUACCUGGACCUGGAAGCCACGCUGGCGGAGCAGCGGGAUGAGCUGGAAGGCUUCCAAGAUGAUGCUGGGCGGGGCAGGAAACACAGCAUCAUCCUGCGGACACAGCUGUCGGUGAGGGUCCACGCCUGCAUUGAAAAACUAUACAACUCCAGUGGACGAGAUUUAAGAAGGGCCCUUUUCUCCUUGAAGCAGAUAUUUCAGGAUGACAAGGACUUGGUGCAUGAAUUCGUAGUGGCUGAAGGCUUGACGUGUUUGAUCAAGGUGGGAGCUGAGGCUGAUCAGAAUUAUCAGAACUACAUCCUGAGAGCUUUGGGCCAGAUAAUGUUGUAUGUGGAUGGAAUGAAUGGAGUCAUCAACCACAGUGAAACCAUUCAAUGGCUCUACACACUUAUUGGGUCAAAGUUCCGCCUGGUGGUGAAGACUGCCCUGAAGCUCCUGCUCGUCUUUGUGGAGUACUCGGAGUCCAAUGCACCCCUCCUCAUUCAAGCUGUGUCUGCUGUUGACACCAAGAGAGGCAUCAAACCUUGGUCCAAUAUCAUGGAAAUCCUGGAGGAAAAGGAUGGAGUGGAUACAGAGCUGCUGGUUUAUGCAAUGACUUUAGUGAACAAGACAUUGUCAGGAUUACCUGAUCAAGAUGCCUUCUACGAUGUGGUGGACUGUCUGGAGGAGCUGGGUAUUGCUGCCGUGUCCCAGAGACACUUGAACAAGAAAGGGACUGACCUGGAGUUGGUGGAGCAAUUCAGUAUUUAUGAGGCAGCACUAAGGCACGAGGAUGGUGAUGAGACUGCAGAACCACCCCCUGGUGGGCUCCGGGACCGGAGGAGGGCCAGUGUGUGUUCCAGUGGCAAUGGGGGUGAACAUCAAAACCUUGACCGCAGAAGGAGUCGCAGGCACUCAAUACAGAAUGUCAAGAGCUCACUGUCAGCUCCCACCAGUCCUUCUUCCCAGUUGGACCCUACCUUUAAGCCCAGUCAAGUGCAAGAUCUCUGUGAAAAGGAUGAGGAGGAAGAGGAAGAGGAAGAGCCAAUCACGGAACCCAAUUCAGAGGAAGAGAGAGAGGAUGAGGCCCAAUGUCAGGGCAAGGACAGCAAGGCCAGCCCUGCCUCCAAGCAGAGCCUUCAUGCGAAGUGUGCUGUUCCAGAGAUCUCUGAGCUCCCAGACAUCUCAAGUGCUGCCUCACAGGGAAGGUGUCUUUCAGGCAGGCCUGAGGCCACCCGAUCUGCCCUUCUGCCACCUUCCAGCCCUGCGGUAGCCAAUCGCUCCUCUUCCAUCAUGAUGAAGGUGUCCCCCACUAUAGACAAGCUGCCCUAUGUACCCCACAGCCCAUUUCACCUCUUCUCCUAUGACUUUGAAGACUCUCCUUUAUCCACCAAGGACAAGGAAGCAGAGCCCCAGAAGGAAAACAGUUUGCCUGACUCUGUCUCUCCGAGCACACACGCUGCCUCCGAGCCGCACAGCGUGCGGUCUUUCUCUUCCCAUAGAUACAGCAGUUUCAGCAACAACUCUUUUCACUCCUCAAGAGCCUCAUCUGGAUCCACUGUGCCCCCCACAACCACAUCAUCUCUGUCACCCCCACAGGAGGCCAGGACAGAUAAGUCAUCACCAAGUGGUCUUCUCACAUCAUCCUUUAGGCAGCACCAAGAGUCACUGGCAGCAGAGAGAGAGAGGCGGCGACAGGAGAGAGAAGAGAGGCUGCAGAGAAUAGAACGGGAAGAAAGAAACAAAUUCAACCGAGAAUAUUUAGACAAGAGAGAGGAGCAAAGACAAGCAAGAGAAGAAAGAUACAAAUACUUGGAGCAGUUGGCAGCUGAGGCACAUGAGAAGGAGCUAAGGAGCCGGAGUACGAGCCGUGGCAGAGCUGACCUCUCUCUGGACCUCACCUUGCCAGCAGCCCCGGCUUUGUCUGCUGCUCUGAGCCAAAGCUCUUCAUCUCUUCACUUGGAAAGGGCUCCCACGGUGUCACCCUCCUCCCCACUAUCCCCUCAGCAUCCCCAAGUGAGUCCUGGGGAUCCUGAACCUGAACCGGAGGCAGAGGCGGGGCAGGUUGCAGAUGAAGCCAGCCAGGACAUAGCCUUGGCCCCAGGGGGAGCAGAGAGCGAAGGGGAGCGGGCACUGGAGCCAGAGCCAGAAGAAAGAUCCUCCCUCAGUGAGAAAGAGAGACAGAACGAGGAGGUGAACGAGAGGGACAACUGUUCCGCCUCCAGCAUCUCAUCCUCCAGCAGCACGUUGGAGAGGGAGGAGAAGGAGGACAAGCCCUCCAGGGACAGGGCAACUGGAUUGUGGCCCACAGGCAUUCAGGAUGCAGGUGUAAAUGGACAGUGUGGCGACAUCCUCACCAACAAACGGUUCAUGCUGGAUAUGCUGUAUGCCCAUAACAGAAAGUCCACCGAUGAUGAGGAGAAGGAUGAGGGCGAGACUGGGAGGACAGAGCAGGAGGUGGAGGCCAUGGCCAGCCUUGCCAGCAGAAUAUCCACACUGCAGGCCAACUCUCAAGCCCCAGAAGAGAGCAUUAGGAGGGUGGACGUGGGCUGUUUGGACAAUCGGGGCAGUGUGAAAGCAUUUGCUGAGAAGUUCAACAGCGGGGACCUGGGAAGAGGUUCUCCCUCUCCUGAUGUAGAGGCCAGUGACAAGAGUCCAGAAACGGCCCCCGCACAACUGAAGACAGAAUCUGACUACAUCUGGGACCAGCUCAUGGCCAAUCCAAGGGAGCUCAGAAUUCAAGACAUGGAUUUCACUGACCUAGGGGAGGAAGAUGAUGUAGAUGUCCUAGACAUGGACCUGGGUCCCAGGGAGGCCCCCGGGCCACCUCCCCCUCCCCCACCCAUUUUUCUGGGCUUGCCACCUCCACCUCCUCCACCCCUGUUAGACAGUGUGCCUCCCCCUCCAGUCCCCAGUAAUUUAUUGGCUCCUCCUCCUCCAGUGUUCAAUGCUCCUCAGGGCUUAGGGUGGUCCCAGGUACCCAGGGGUCAGCCUGCAUUUACUAAGAAAAAGAAGACUAUCCGUCUGUUCUGGAAUGAAGUCCGGCCCUUUGAGUGGCCUUGUAAGACCAACCGCCAUUGCAGAGAAUUCCUGUGGUCGAAACUGGAACCAAUUAAGGUAGACACUUCCAGACUGGAGCAUCUGUUUGAAUCUAAAUCCAAGGAACUGUCUGUCACAAAGAAAACUGCUGCAGAUGGAAAAAGGCAAGAGAUCAUUGUUCUAGAUUCCAAGAGGAGUAAUGCCAUCAAUAUUGGCCUGACGGUCCUGCCCCCUCCAAGAACGAUUAAGAUAGCUAUUUUGAAUUUUGAUGAAUAUGCCUUAAACAAAGAAGGAAUUGAGAAAAUUCUAACCAUGAUUCCUACUGAGGAGGAGAAACAGAAAAUCCAGGAAGCUCAGUUGGCUAACCCUGAGGUUCCCUUGGGCAGUGCAGAGCAAUUCCUGCUCAUGCUCUCCUCCAUCAGUGAGCUUUCAGCUCGACUCCACCUCUGGGCAUUCAAAAUGGAUUAUGAAACCACAGAAAAGGAAGUAGCAGAACCACUUUUGGACCUGAAAGAAGGAAUAGACCAGUUGGAGCACAAUAAAACUCUGGGUUAUAUCCUGUCUACUCUCCUAGCCAUUGGGAACUUUCUAAAUGGAACUAAUGCCAAAGCGUUUGAGUUAAGCUACCUCGAGAAGGUUCCAGAAGUCAAAGACACAGUGCACAAGCAGUCACUUCUCCACCAUGUGUGCACCAUGGUGGUGGAAAACUUCCCAGACAGCUCUGAUCUGUACACAGAGAUUGGAGCCAUCACCAGGUCAGCCAAGGUUGACUUUGAUCAACUUCAGGAUAAUUUAUGUCAGAUGGAGAAAAGAUGCAAAGCUUCAUGGGAUCACCUCAAGGCAAUUGCAAAACAUGAAAUGAAACCAGUUUUAAAACAACGGAUGUCAGAGUUCCUCAAAGACUGUGCAGAGCGGAUUAUCAUUUUAAAGAUUGUCCAUAGGAGGAUAAUUAACAGAUUUCACUCCUUCUUGCUCUUCAUGGGCCAUCCUCCUUAUGCAAUUCGAGAAGUGAACAUAAACAAGUUCUGCCGGACCAUUAGUGAAUUUGCACUAGAGUAUCGCACCACCAGGGAAAGAGUUUUGCAGCAGAAACAGAAGCGGGCCAACCACAGAGAGAGAAAUAAGACCAGAGGGAAGAUGAUCACCGAUACCGAUGACGAGGAUGAAGUUGAGUCUGGCAAAUUCUCUGGCAGUUCUCCUGUGCCACCAAGUCAGCCACAGGGUCUGAGCUAUGCAGAAGAUGCAGCUGAACAUGAGAACAUGAAGGCUGUGCUGAAAACCUCGUCCCCUGCCGUGGAGGAUGCCACCCCUGUGCUCAUCCGCACUCGCAGCCGAGUGAGCCGAGGAUCUACUAGUUCCUGGACUAUGGGAACUGAUGACUCACCUAAUGUCACCGAUGAUGCAGCUGAUGAGAUCAUGGACCGAAUUGUGAAGUCGGCCACCCAAGUGCCCAGUCAGCGAGUGGUGCCAAGGGAGAGGAAGCGAUCUCGGGCCAACCGCAAAUCUUUGAGAAGAACCCUCAAGAAUGGUCUGACUCCAGAAGAAGCCAGAGCCCUGGGCCUGAUCAGCACCUCUGAGAUGCAACUGUGACUCUUCAGUGUACUAGACAGAAGACCAUCCACUUAGGGGAGGGGAGUCUCAGUGGAGUACUCAUUUCUACGUGUCACCAUGUGGCUUGUGUUGCCUGCUCUACAUUGACAUGGAUCUCCAGGAAUCUCUCCUUCCGAUCCAUUUUUCAUCAUGUCAGCUGUGUUUCUCUUGUUUCCUCGAUACUUGGUUUAUUAAUUCUGAAGUGGGACACCUUUUCUGGGAAGGAACAGCCCUUUUCAGGAACAAGUCACUUCUGUCACAGUUGUUAUAAGAAUAUAAGGCAAUUUGUUUAGAUUCACAGACUGGAUCUCCACAACACCAAAACAUCCAGAUGUACACUCCAACCUUGUACACAAAAGAAAGCACAGAUUGUUUACAAGUUCUGGAUUUCAGAUGUACUAAAUGUUUAUACAAAUUCAUAAAUGUACACCAUUUCAAAUACUAAAUAAAGAGUUUAAUGUCA